AUAAGAUGGAGGUCCAUACAAACUAGCUAUCAACCUCAAACAAACUGCAAGCAAUUCCUUUGAGUUUGCAUUGAUUUGCUCAAGUUCUUCAAAGACGAGAGCAAAGGAUGAGUACUGGAAGUUCGAGACCUGCGUACCACCAAUUUCCUGCAAACUCGUCUUGGUCGAGAGGGUCGCAGCUGUCUUACUCUCCAAUGUCGAAUUUGUACUCUAAAUCUUCUACAAUUCCGAACAACCCAGCACCUGCAAACUGGUCUUGGUCGAGAGGGCCGCAGCUGUCUUACUCUCCAAUGUCGAAUUUGUACUCUCAGUCUUCUACAAUUCCGAACAACCCAGCACCUGCAAACUGGUCUUGGUCGAGAGGGCCGCAGCUGUCUUACUCUCCAAUGUCGAAUUUGUACUCUCAGUCUUCUACAAUUCCGAACAACCCAGCACCUGCAAACUGGUCUUGGUCGAGAGGGUCGCAGCUGUCUUACUCUCCAAUGUCGAAUUUGUACUCUCAGUCUUCUACAAUUCCGAACAACCCAGCACCUGCGACCGAUUUCGUGCCGAAAAUAGUGGUUUAGCGUUGC